AUGGUGCCGCCACCGCCGCCGUGCUCCGGCUCCGCUCCGGCCGCGGCUAGGGCUCAGCCGUGCAGCCUCUGGGCUCCCAGAGCGGGGUGGGGCGGGGCGGACGGAGAGGCCGGGCGGUGGGCCCCGGCGGGAACAAACAGCCGUAGCAGCGGGAGUCGGGCUCCUCGGGUGGCGGGAGGCGGGUCCUCCUCUUCCCUGCAGACGCCGCACCCCCGCCCCCGGCUCCCCGGAGCGGCUGCCCUGCACGCACUUGGCCUCUGGAAGUUGCGGUUCAAGAGGACGCGCGUCCUAGCCGAGCGCAGCGGCGACAGCCCACACGGGUCCUCUACUCCCGAGACGGCGCCCAGGCCGGCGGAGCUGCAGCCCGGCGAGAGCGGGGGCAGCGGCGGGAGACGCGGGACCCUGGCUCCGGGCCCCAUUGGCUUCCGGACCCCAAGGGAGACGCGAACUGUAGUCACCGCCAGGAGAAAACUUGGUGCUGCGGGCCUCUGUCCUCGGAGAGUGGCUUCAAACUACAGCCAACCCAGCCUCUUAGAAAAUCUUGGGAUUGCAUUUGUGACACCACAGGAACUUGCCAGUGCCUUGGCUAACCUGAGCUUCUACUUCCUGAGAUGGCAUCCAUGCCUGCAACCUUCAGGAAACAGGAGGCUUCAGGCUUACAGGAUUGGUAACACUCUCACUGUUUGUUCAGGGGCCAGAUGAUGUGUGCACUCAUAUUACCAUGCACUAGGACCUGGGUUCUAGCUCCAAGUUCCCACCCACAGUAGAGGAAUCUUCAUGUGCACUGGAGCAGUGCUGCAGAGUGAAGACCAGGAUACAGAACAGACACAGGAUGGAAGUGACAAGUGCCUAGGUUUCCCAGAUCCAGAGGUCAAAACAUCUGAUGUGCAAAACUUCCCUCAACUGAAACAAGGAAGCAAGCAAACUAAACGAUGUGGAAUCUACAAAGCAGAGAAUCCAACAGAAUAGAGAUGGAGGGAAUUCGAAAGGAUUCAGCGAAGGGAGAUUGCAGACUCACUUCUGUGCAGCAGACAUGGAAAGCAAUCAGAGUUUGUGUUUUAAAAAUGUCAAAUUUUCUUUUAUUUGGUAGCAUCAUAAGUACUGCCGACUGUGUGCUGGAUUCUGCACCGCACUUUUGAGAUCAUUACAGAUGCAAAUAUAAGAUGGGUUUUGCCCUCACAGGUCUCACUGUCUGGAAAGCUUUGUUGUAGAGUGCCAUAAGAAUGUUAACACUUAGGUAGAUGUUGAAGAAAUAAAACAAAAGACCUAUUCCAA